CGUGAUUAGGGAUUUUCCUAAUUGCUCGAUAUGGAGAAAUGUCACAAACCUAAAAUUAUAAUUGAAACGACCUAAUUAAUCAUGAAAGUACGAGAAAAGAAAAAAAAAAUUGCAACUUGCGAUUUAAUGAUAACAGAGUGCAGGUAUUGACAAUCAAUCAAUCAAUCAAUCGAUUAAUGGCUUUCACACGCCUCAAGGAGGCCUUGAUGCGUGCACCGGUUCUGAAGUUACCUGACCCUACCCUGCCCUUCGUUCUAACUACUGAUGCUAGCCAGUAUGGGGUUGGGGCAGUACUUCAGCAGGAUAUUGGGCAUGGUCUGCAACCAGUUGAGUACAUGAGUAAGAAGAUCAAAGUCAAGAAGCUGCAGGAUUCCACGUACGAGAAAGAGCUCUAUGCUCUAGUGUCAGCGCUAAAGCAUUGGAAACAUUUCCUCAUGGGUAGGCACUUCCGGAUCUAUUUAGAUCACUCCACCUUACAGUGGAUGAAGACCCAAGGGGAACUGAAUGAUAAGCUCGCGCGCUAUAUUCAGUUCAUUGAUCUCUUUGACUUUGAACUGAAACACAAGAAGGGCUGCUACAAUCGUGUGGCAGACGCCCUUUCUCGUAGGCUUGACGCUCUCUGCAUGAUCUCCUCUACUCAUACCUUUGGGGAGAACACCCGUCAGUCCAUUGCCCAGCUAUUGCCACAGGACCCGACUUUUGGCUCGAUCGUUAGGAAUCAACAAACUGAUUCUGCCUCUGAACCAGGAUACAUUCUGGUUUCAGAUCUGCUGUAUACUUGCAGCAGAGGAGAGGAAUGUCUGUGCAUCUCUCACGACCGCCAGCUGAGAACACUCGUUAUGUCUGAGUGCUAUGAUGCUCGCGCCCACUUUGGGGCCUUAAAAUCGUUGGCAGCCCUGUCGCAGCGGUUCUUUUGGCCAGAGAUUAGGAAAGACCUGUUGCACUAUGUUGAGACCUGUGAGUUGUGCCAAAGGAACAAGGUCGUUCGCCGGCCUCCCCUUGGCCUAUUGCAGCCACUUCCCGUCCCUGAGGCACCAACACAGUCAGUGGCUAUUGAUUUCACUGACCUGGGGAGGACUACUACUCAUGGUAUGCGUCAGGUCAUGGUGUGUGUGGCCAGGUUCUCCAAGUAUGCGGAGUUUAUUCCUUUGCCGGAGGAAGCCAGAGUCCCGGUCGUGAAGGAGGCCUUUGCUGACAGGUGGGUUACUCACCAUGGACCAUCCACCUCUAUUGUCAGUGAUAGAGAUCCGCGGUUCUGCAGCAAUGAAUGGGAGUCCUAUUGCAAGGACUACCUUCAUUGCAGACUGGAUAUGACAUCUGGUCAUCAUCGUGAAGCCAAUGGGCAGGCUGAAGUGAUGAACCAGAUUCUUUUUCAGUUGCUGCGUCCUGUGAUCAGCCCUGAUCAGCAGGAUUGGGAUCUCCAUCUUGGACAGGCACAACUAGUCUACAACAUGUCUGUACACUCCUCCACAGGGUUCACCCCUUAUCGAUUGCACUGGGGUCGUGAGCCACGACACCCUCUCGAUGAUAUCAUCGAUAAGGCUACUCCGAGACUGACUCUUGGGACUACAGAGUUCACCAGACAGUACCAGAGGGAUAUCGAACGAGCCAGAGUUAACCUGCUCAAAGCCCAAAAGGCUAUGAUCCAGCAGGCUAACAAGCAUCUCUUGGAACAACACGACGGCCACGACUGGCACCCUGUGGAGUAUUUCAGCCACAAAGUGCCUCCCAUCAAUUCUCUGGAUGAUGCAAGGAAGAAGGAGCUGCUUGCGUUCGUCAUGGCUCUCAAGCGAUGGCGGCACUUCCUUCUUGGGCAUCGUAGGUUCACAUGGGUCUCGGACAAUAACCCAUUGACCUACUACAAGACGCAGGACACGGUGAGCAGCACGAUUGGACGGUGGAUGUACUUCAUCGACCAGUUUGACUUCUCACCGAAACAUGUUGACGGCCUCUCCAAUCGCGCAGCAGAUGCACUUUCGCGACGACCUGAUCUUUGCGCUAUGACACAUCACGCCUUCGCGUUCGACGAGGACCUCCAGCGACACUUCAUCAGGGGCUAUCAGUCUGACCCAGAGUUUGCUACGUUGUAUGCGCAGCUAUCUUCGGAUCACCCGUCGGCCAGCCACUAUCGCAUUGCCGACGGGUACUUGCUCCUCCACUCGAGAGGCAAGGACUUACUGUGUGUCCCACGCGACCGCUGUCUUCGGACUCGCCUUCUCGGCGAGUAUUAUGAAUCGCGACUCGCCGGUCAUUUCGGAGUCAAUCGCACGAUUGCACGACUUCGACAACGAUUCCGAUGGCCCGACCUCAUUUCCGAUGUCAUGCGGUAUUGCGAUUCUUGCGAAGUUUGCCGACGCAGCAAACCCCGCAACCGCAAUCCCUAUGGCGAGUUACGCUCGAUGCCUAUCCCCCGGGAACCCGGUAUCUCCAUUGCUAUGGAUGUCACCGGUCCGUUUCCUCGAGAUCGGCUCGGGCACGAUGGCAUCCUCACGGUUGUUGACCGAUUGAGCGAGUACGCACGUUUUCUUCCUUGCAAGUACUACUCCACGGCUCCCGAGCUGGCACGCCUCUUGCACACCGGUUGGAUUUGUGGCCACGGCGUACCCGAGGACAUAGUCAGCGACCGCGACACUCUGCCACGUCAGCAGUGCCAGAUCAGCAGUGCCGCGUCAGCAGUGCCACGUCACAGUGCCAAGUCACAGUGCCACGUUACAGUGCCACGUCAGCAGUGCCAGAUCAGCAGUGCCACGUCACAGUGCCACGUCCGCAGUGCCAGGUCACAUUACCACGUCAGACAUACAGUGCCACGUAAGCAGUGCCACGUCAGACACAAUGCCACGUCAGCAGUGACGUUCGACACAUUGCCACGUCAGCAGUGCCACGUCAGCAGUACCACGUCAGACGCAGUGCCACAUCAGCAGUGCCACGAGUCCGGCACAACAAUGAAACCAAGUUCGGCUCGACACCCUCAGACAGACGGGCAGACGGAGCGGGCACAYCAGACCGCUCAAAUGAUGCUUCGUACGCUCAUCCGUCCGGACCAGAAAGAUUGGGUUGACCGCCUCCCCGAMAUCGAGUUCGCCUACAACACUUCGGUGCAUCCGGCGAUCGGCGUGACUCCAUUCGAGUUGCACCACGGUGGACGGAAAGGMCGGAUCUUCGCCGACCUUCUCCUCCCUCGACCAGCCGACAUUGACGCUGCCUGCUCUCCCUCUUCCAUCCGGAAGUACAGGGAAUUGCUGACUCAAGCCCGCACAAAUAUGCAAAAGGCUCAAGUCCGCAUGCAGCAGCAAGCCAACAGGCGUCGCGUACCAUGUCCCAUUCGCGCCGGUGAUCUGGUUUGGGUCUCCGCGGAAGAGUUUGCACUGGAACAGGAUGUUUCACGCGAGCUGCUUCCCAAGUGGUUUGGACCUUGGUCGGUGACAGCAGCCGCGGGCGAUGAGCCCGAUGGCCCUUCAUUUGUGAUCAACAUUCCAGAGCAUCUGACGGUCCAUCCGGUCUUCCACACCUCGAAGCUGGCAACUUACACGCCAGCCAAGAGCGACGACUUUCCGGGCCGACGAUCGCAGGACCCUCCUUAUAUGGAUGGCCAUCAGGAAGUUGACCGCGUCAUCUCCGAUCGCAAGUACGGCAGCAAGCCGCGACAGUAUAAAGUCACAUUCAAAGCAUGCGAUCGCGACGACACUCGGUGGAUAUCAGGCGCAGAUUUGAAAGCAUCCGCACCGCUGAUCUACGCGCAUUAUGAAAAGCGCAGGUUAGCUCAGGAAGYUUCACGACCAGCCCCUCCCACCCGGACUGUGGUCCCUCCCUCAGACAGACAGCUUCGCCCUCGCAGUCCGGCUGCUUUUACUGCUGAGAAAUUCCCUGUUGAAUACCCUUUGGAGCUGCCCAUCUUGGCGAACGAAGCAGUGGGAGUUAAAGAUGCCAUGUCAGCAGACCACGUCAGCAGGCCAAGUCAGUUGGACACGUCAGCCAAUAGUUGCGCCACGUCAGCAGCUGAGCAGUGCCACAUCAGCAGCAGGGCGUGCCAAAUCAGCAGUCCUCCGGCCUGGUCUAUGCUCGCGCGCUUACAAAUAGCCGACAUGGAUCAGAAAUCCGGGGAAACGGCCCAGGCCUAUCAGGCCCGGAUGCUAGCUUUGAUAACCGAAGCCAAGAAAUUGGCGGAUGUGGUAGCAGCCGCAGAGAAGAAGAAAGCAGAGGACGCCGAGAAGGCACGUCUGUUGGCAAUUGAACAGCAGCGCCAACAAGACGAGGCAGCAGCAAAGGCUGCCGAUGAAGAACGAAUUCAACGACACGAGAAGAUAUUCAUCGGAGAGCGAGCCUUGCUCACAAUGGCAGUGGACUGGCGGGCCGAGGCCGAGAAUGGUAAGAUGCAAGAGAGUGAAAGCAGAAUCGCUCUACUCCUCUCCCAUUUCAUGGAUCUCUUGGCAACGUGCAUUGCACAGCAGGAGGACAUCCAUAGCCUCGACGACGCGGGUCAGAUGCACAACCAGGCGCUUGACCAAGUCAACGACCGCCUCCAGCAGCUGGAACAAACCGUCGCCGUCCCCGUUGCCAGCUCCUCCAACACCUCCGAUCGCCUCAAGGCAUUGGAGAUUGACGUCGGAUCUCUCAAGGAUGGCGUGCAGUUACAGCAAACCGCAACGCAAGAGUUCGAGCAGCGGAUCUGUACUGCCGCCAUUCAAUCGAGAUCGAAACCGCGCGAGACAACUCCAAAGUUCGAUGAGCAGGAGAUCUUCUGCGACUCGACGAAGACGGACCCGAUUCCAUGGUUCCGCAAGUUCGAGCUGAAGUUGCAGCUACACCACGUCAGCCAGCACAAGCAUCACGCGUACUUACACUCCCUGUCGGGGGGCGCGUGGCGAGCAUGGUUGGACAAUCUCUUGUCCAAGUACGGGGUGGUAGUUGUCGACUUGUACACCAAGAUCAACUGGGAUGAUCUAAAGGCGGUGUGGCAUAAGCGGUUCCAAGUAGAGCCGCUGGAGAUCAAGGCAAUGGACAAAUUGACGACCUUCGAGCAAGGCACACUGUCGAGUGUUGAGUGGAUUGCCGAGUACCAACGCUUGAUAUCCGUCCCAGACAUUCAAAUAGGCUUCAAGGCCGUGAAACACUACUUCGUCUCGAGGUUGUGUUCGGCGUUGGGCAACACCUUGACUCACGUCGAGGACACACUGACAGCAACGGCGGAGCUCUUCGACAAGGCCGCGCAGAUUAUUGUCAUGAACAAGGAGGCUAAGAACCUCAACCGUUUUUCUGCGGCAGGCCCGAGCAGAGAUCAACAUCGGUCGAAAGUGGCUGUGGUCGCGACGACAAUCCCAACCGACCCUUCUAGUGAGGCCUCCGAGUUAGGGAAACAACACAAGGAACUGGAGAAUCUCCGACAGGCAGUGCAGAACCACAAGGAUUUGCGCGAGGAUGCUACACGGGCACUUCAUACCCUUGUACAGGACUUGGAGCAAGCAGCACCAAAACCAGAUGCUGGCGAACCCAGCAGUGCAGCCUCUACCCGCCAGUUGCAGCAACGGAUUGACCAUGUACUCGCAAUGCUCGGCGACAUCAACACUUUCGUCGCACCAGCAACCAUCAGCAAGCAGCUCAGGCAACUACACCAGCCGCCCGACAACGAUGGCAGCACAAGUGCAUCGCGGCCGUACAAGAUGCCGACGUUCUGGAUCGAGAAGUUUGACGACUAUACGCAUCAGGACCCAGUUGUUUGGUGGCAAGGUUUUACAACGGAGAUUGGGAUUCAUGACCUUCCCAAGCACUUGUACAUCUCGGCGCUGUUCCUUAACGUCAAGGGCGGAUGCCAAAUCUGGCUCAGCAGCAUGGCAACCAUCCACGGCGUCCAGGUCUCCGACCUGCACAAGAAGAUCUCAUGGGACGAGAUGACAGGGGAAUGGAAGAAGCGGUUCAUUGUUGACGAUGCCCCGGUGCUCACCAUUAAGCGCCUCUUCAAUAUGACUCAAGGCAACACACCGACAUGCGAUUGGCUCACGGAAUGGCAAAAGAUCGUGGCAACACCUGAUCUCGACUUGCCAUUCCCGCAUCUGCGUCGGGAGUUCUACAACCGAUCGUGUGCCGCCUUGAGCCUCGCACUUGGUGAUCGUGAACAGUACACGACCUUCGUCGAAAUCAUCGACAAGGCGCAUGAGAUCAUCAAGACCAACAGGGCUGCUGCACACGAGAGGUUAGCAUGGCAGCCAACCCAUGUGGAGAAACGAAAAUUUGGUCCACGUCCGCAGCCCGUGGCUGCAGUCCAACCGGACAAUGUGGAAGACCCGACAGCCACCCCAGCAUCACGUGAGGGAGAUCAGGUGGCCGCUGUCCAGCCUCGAAGCAACAACAACUCUUGUGGAAAAGGGAAGGCGAAAACGGCAUCGCCAGCUAGAAACGGACAGCCAGUACCAUGGAUGCGAUAUGGGCAUUUCGAAAGGCUGGUUAUGCCUUUUUGCCUUACGAAUGCCCCGUCCACGUUCCAAGUGGCUAUGACGACGGAUUUCCGACAUAUGCUGGACAGAUUCGUACUCAUCUACCUCGACGAUAUCUUGGUGUACAGCCGGAGUUGGGACGAGCAUGUGGAGCACCUGCGCACCGUUUUGGAACGGCUACGACAAGCCAAGUACAAAGCCAACCGCGACAAAUGCGAAUUUGCACGGCAAGAGCUCGAGUACUUGGGCCAUUUUGUGACGCCGCAAGGCAUCCGUCCGCUCACGGACAAGAUCGAGGCCAUCCAAGUAUGGCCUGAGCCCACCAACUCCACGGAAGUUCGCUGCUCGUAGGCGGCAGAUUGUACCAUACGAAUCAACACAAGUGUUUUGGAGGAUAUGGUGGCUCAGAUGAAGGCACGUUAUGAUGCAGAUGUAGCUCGCGAAGCGGCUCAGAAGGCUGAAGAAGAGAAGAAGAAGAAAGAACAUGAGGAAGAAGAACGUCCUACGAAGGAUAGGAAAGAAAGAGGAGAGUUCCAGUCAAAACUCUAUCGAGUGAUGAAUACAAAAUUGGACAAGGUUUACGAGGCUUUCGCAGGGGAACAGGAUAAGGUGCAGGUGCAAGAUGAGGAUAUUGAACCGAUGCCACCAUUUUUGAGCGAUUUUGUGGAUCGAAUGGUGAGAUGGAAGGUUUUGCCAGCUGCGAAGAGACCAGACACGUGUGUUAUUGACAUUUACGAGGAGGGUGAUUGGCUUCAACCCCAUAUCGAGCAUCAUGGCUUUGAGAGGCCCUUCUGCAUACUGUCACUUGUGUCACGAUGCAGCAUCACAUUGGGAAGACAUGUAGCCGUUCGUGGACCUGGCAAUUUUGCUGGCCCUUUCGUUCUGCCUUUGCCUGUUGGAGUAGGGCCCACUCGUGGUGGGACUUCCGCCAACCCCUACACGAAGGAGGAGGAGGAGAAGAUGGCCGCCAUUCUGCAGGAGGAGGAGGAGGAGGCGGCCAAGAAGAAGGCCUUGAAGAAGGAGCAGGCGGCCAAACUGAAGAAGAUAGAGGAAGAGAUGGCCAAAGAGAAGGAGAGGAUACAGAAAGAAGAAGAAGAGAAGUUGAAAGAGGUGGAAGAGGAGGAAGAAGAUGAAACGCCAUUGCAGAGGAAGAGGGUGCAGUACAGUGGUAGUAGGGAUGAAGAGAUGGAGAAGCGAAUCUCCGAGUGGGUCGCCAACUUAUCCCUGGGCGAAGAAAAAGAGGUGGCGAUGUAUAUCUCUAAAGAUGAUCAGGAAGCCGCUAUGAGAGCUUGGGAAGCAGAAAAGGAUGUUGUGAAGCGGCAGGCAUUGGAAGACGAAAAGAGGGUGGAGUGGAAGUUGGCAGUGAUGAGGGAGAAGAAGAGGAAGGUGGACGCGGCAGCGGAGGCGGCAGAAGAAUUAGAGGAAGUAAAGAAUAUAGAAGAGCAGUUGGCCACCCAGACCGAACUCCCAGCGCAAAUGCGAGUCAUAGCCCGAAACGUUGCACGCCUGGCACGAAUUCAGGCGGAGCAAUAUGAUUUUAGUAGGACUCAACACAUAGCUGUGCGUUCCAUAAAGUUGGGGUUUCGGGACUUUGCGCGUGAGCUGGUAGGCGCUAUAGGGACCGAGCUGCAGAACAGGGAACACAACUGCACUUCUGGGAACCACCCAGAGGCAAACGGGCAAGCAGAGCAGCUGAACCGCGUUGUACAACACUUGUUGCGGCACUACAUUAAGCCCAAUCAGGUGGACUGGGAUGAGAAACUUGCUCCCAUGGCCAGCCUGUCUGUUCUGGUUAUGAAUGGCAAUGCUGCUGACAUUGCAAAAUAUUGUGUUCCCAGUGUUCCCCAGGAGAGAAUAUCAGUAACCUUUCAUAAGAUGAAGCCAGUGAAAUCAGCAAGUAAGGAUUCCCUAACCCAUUCAUUAUCUGUUCAUCUGCCACUUCUUAAGCCUGCAUCCGUGACUGCAGCUGAGGACCAUCCGUUCAGCUAUGCUUCAUCGGUAUCCUCUACAGCUGGGCAAAUGACGUCAUCACCCAGUUCUCCUCAGAGUGUCAUUGCCUCAUUUCCCUCUGCUCCUUCGUCCUCAGGUACAUCCUCUCCUUCGCCACCAUGCGUCGGUGUACCGCUUCCGCCACCCUCAAUUACUCUAUCCUCAACUCCAGAGGAUGAAUCAAGUUGGCCGUCAUUGCAGGCACCAAUUCUGGCAAUCUCAAAAGGAGGAAAUUCUCACAGCAGCAAGCCAGCAGCUAUUCAACAGAGCCAGUUGCUGUCUUCAAACGGUCGUCCUGCAUGCGGGGAACAAGACCCGUCAACAAGGACAGCAUCUCAAGCUGGAUGCAAACCUGGGACUUCUGUGGGAUUGACAGGUGCGCUUUCAGUAAAGAAGUGUGCCACUUUGUCAAUCCAGGGAGGGGCUGCGGGAGGUGGGAUUUCUUGGGGAAGGAGAAGCGGAGGCUCUGAUAGUGUGACAGCGGCUUCCGUGCUGGCAGGCAGCAGUCGGUCGGAGUCCAAGGCAAGGUCGAUAGGGUCUGACAGUCUCCGUGCGGAUGCUCGGAUGGCUCCUGUGGAUGCGGAGCAAGCUGCUCAGGCUGAUGCAGUUGGAAGAAGAACAGCAGCUGCAAAGAGGGUACCAUGUGGCAGUCAGGAAGGAUCAAAUGCAAGUGGCAAGGACGGUCGUCCUAUGCCAGAGAUUCUGAAGGAAGGUGAAAGACGAACUCGGGAAAACUGCUGGAAUAUUCGGUCCCCGAGGCUACCUAUUUCAGGUGAAGGGGACGGCGCCCCUGCCAGCUUGCCUAAACCAUCAAUGGCCCAGGUCCUGGCUUCAGCAUGGGCAAAGGCGUCACAUCCUACCCUUGCAACCUCUGCAACAACCGUGACAGAGGAAGAAUCAGGGAGAUGUGAUGUGCAAACACUAUCCUCUGCCAGGGCACAGGAGGCAAACCGUUCCACGCCAUCUGAGCCAUCUCCGUCCGCAAGUGGGCAUCCUGGCUUGUCAUCUUUCUCCUCCUCCUCCUCCUGGCUAACCCCACCUCCUCAAACAGGGUGGAGGGGGUGGGCAAGCAAUGGGUCACAGUCGGGCAACUGGAGAGCGAGUCCUUCAAGCUGUAGUCACCCACGGGAAGUGAGUGAUAUCUCGCCAUCUGCUCUAACAGUGAAGGGGGAAGAAAGAUGGGGCCCUAUCAAGUGUAGAUCUGCAGUUGAGGGCUCGGACUCGAACAGGUGUAUCAAGGGUGCCCCUUCUGAGGAGGAAAAGGUGGUUGUGGUGGAGGGAGGUCAGGCAAGUGGAAAAGCAGCAGAAAGAGGCAUCCAGAAAGCAAAUGAAGGCCAGAGUGAGUAUGAAGGGCAAGCCGAAACCGCUUGCCGACGAGAGCGAAGCACCAGACCGAUCCUCUUGAAGGCACUGAGGGGUGAGGGAGGAAUGCACACCCGGUGGUCACGACGAUACUCGACCGAUGGGCUGUACCAGGAGUCCUUUCACUUAGUAGGAUCGUUAAAUCCGGCUGAGGGAGGAGAUGCUAUGCUAGACAGCCAGGAUGACGAGUUUGAAGAGGGGGAGAUCAAGGAGACGUUCCGUGCCGAAGAGUAUGAUGGAAUUUACCUAGAGCUGAGAAUUCUCCUAUCGCGCGAGAUGUGGGACAGGGAUGCGAGCGAUAGGGUCCAAAGGACGAGGGAACGUUACUUGGCGAGGGAUGAUCAUCUCAUUGUAAAAAGGCAAGUGGGAAACCCCAGGAGAGUCGUAUGCGGCAGGAACCGUCAGAUUGACGUUAUAGCUGCACUUCAUGAUGGCAUUGCGGGAGGGCAUCGAGGAAUUACCGCCACGUAUACCAAGAUAAGUGAGCUAUAUUAUUGGGAGGGGAUGAUGAAGAUGGUUGUGGAGUUCCAUCGCCUUACUGAGGGAGGACAGGGAGUAUCUCCACUGCAUGCACGGGAGGAGGUGCCGGCACCUGGUGAACCAUUGCAGGAGUUGGAGGCACACUUGGACGUCUCCCAGUGGAGAAUGCCGCCAGUAAGUGAGAGGCGUGACGAGCCAGCCGAAGAGGUGCCACGAGAGGAAGUUCGGAGCCCUGAGCAUGAGAGGGGACCAAGUACUGAGGGAGGACGUGCUGAGGAGGAGGUCAUAGAGGUUGAGGAGGAUACCCCUCCUCAGACACCAGCUGUGGGACUGAGGCUUGGAAGCCCACCAGAGAGCGCACCCAGCAGAGGAGAGGAAUCACAGAGAGAGGAGGUCCCACCGUCACUGCCAGAGAUGGUCCCGUCGCCAGGAGGAAUGGAGGAAGGAGAGAAUGAGAGAGCUGACCAGAGGAGAGAGGCACUCGGCUUGAUUGACAGGCAUCUGGCCGUACACGCACAUGAGCACCCUGACCUGGAGGAGCCCGUGCCUGUGGAACCGCCUCAGGAGCCAUGUCAGGCCGAAAAAGAGGUGGAAGCAGAGAUUCCGGAGGGAGCCGAUCGCCGCACGAGGGAGAGAGUAUCAGCAGGGAAAACGGCUGAGGAAAGCGGGCCAGAGUCGUAUGGAAUCAAGGAAAUGUGGGAAGAGUUUCUUAUCCAACAUGGCAAGGAAUCGACGGCUCCAGACAAAGCGGAAGUCGAGACCUCGAAGAAAGCGGAUGAGUACUUGGACCGAAGGAUCCGCUCCCUGUCCAAGACAUCCUUCGACAGAUACAUGAUGUUGGAAGCUGAUCUGAGAGGGAAAGAGGUGAGGGAGCCAAGUCAUGGAGUGCGUUUGGAGACCGUCGAGGCUGAGGUCCGCGAACUCAGAGCAUUGGUGGCUAGUCAAACCGCCAUCAUUCAGGAUCUGAAGCAGCAACUUCGAAAUGGAAUGGACAGGGUAGAAAGCAGAAGAAAGGGAGAGCAGAGGCAGCCGGAGCCUGGCUUAUCAGGGCAGCCAUCCGCAGCUGUACCUCAGCAGGGAUUGCCCAUGGGGAGAGUCAUCUUGGAGCCUGAGGAGGCGAAGGCCAAGAGGGAGGCAGAGAGAGAAGCCUUCGAGUUCAUAGCUCCUAUUGAACUUGCUAUACUGCCUACGGUGACAGCAGGUCCUACCAUGCCACGAUCAGUUGAGGAGGGAGUCCGAGGGACUGCCGACAGCCAGCGGCGAGCCGGUCCAGGGCUCAGCGGAAGGAUCUAUGGAUGUGUUGCUCGAGGCGGUCCACACUAUGCAGGAGGAGGCAAGUUUAUUUUCACCUGAGCAGAGGAUAGAGGAGCCUCCUGAGAGUAAGAUCGGGGUGGCAAUGGAGGAUGUCAUCGAGGGCAGGCCCCAGAGAUUG